UCUUCCAUUGUUUCUCAAUCUACUCCCUUGCUCCCUCCGGUUUGCUUAUUACCAUCCUACAGCAUCAACUUCAAUUAAUGACUAGAUUAUUACACAUGGAUGGAAUCAAUUUAUUCCUCUCCAGCUUCGUUUUUAUACUCUCAUUUUCCUCGGUGUUGGCCUCCUCAGCAUCACUCAAAGUGGGUUUCUACAAGUCAGCAUGUCCAUUAGCAGAAGCAAUAGUGAAAAGAGCUGUCAACAAAGCCGUUUCUGCCAACCCAGGCAUCGCUGCUGGCUUGAUCAGGAUGCAUUUCCACGAUUGCUUUGUCAGGGGUUGUGAUGGUUCUGUGUUACUGAAAUCAACACCUGGUAAUCCUGCUGAGAGAGACCACCGAGCAAACAACCCGAGCUUACGCGGCUUCGAGGUGAUUGACGAAGCCAAAGCUCAGAUUGAGGCCGUGUGUCCCCAAACUGUUUCUUGUGCGGACAUCCUCGCUUUCGCUGCUCGAGACAGUGCUCAAAAAGUUGGGCACAUAAGCUACGAUGUCCCAGCAGGUCGUAGAGAUGGCCGUGUCUCCAUCAUGGACGAAGUCCAAGGCAAUUUGCCCCCACCUUUCUUCAACACACAGCAACUGAUUGACAAUUUUGCACGAAAGGGAUUGUCGGCGGACGAAAUGGUGACACUUUCUGGAGCCCAUUCUAUUGGCGUUUCCCGCUGUUCUUCCUUCUCCAAUCGUCUUUACUCUUUCAAUGCUACUCAUCCUCAAGACCCUUCCAUGGAUCCUACGUUUGUGGAAAUGCUGAAGAGAAAGUGUCCACCUUCAAGCAUCAAUAAUGGUGGUGAUGAAGAUCCUAAGGUUGUACUCGAUGCUGCUACGCCUAAUCGAUUGGACGACAAGUACUAUGUGGCGCUGAAGAACCAUCGUGGGUUGUUGAGCUCAGAUCAGACAUUGUUUGAAAAUGACUCCACAAGGAAAAUGGUGCUGAGAAAUGGGAAAUAUGGUCUGAGUUGGGCUAACAAGUUUGCCAAAGCAAUGGUGCGUAUGGGUUCGAUUGAAGUGCUCACUGGUUCAGAGGGAGAGAUCAGAAAGACAUGCAGCGUGGUUAAUUGAUUAAGAUAUGUAGCUAAUAACUAGCUGGUUUGUUGUGCUUGGAAAGAAUUUGUUCAUAGCUCUGUUUUGUUUCUGAAUUCUUUUAUUCAAUUAUUCUUUUGCAAAUGUAAUGAAAUGUUUCUCCAUAUUUAAUUACUCUGUGUUAUUCCUUCUACA